AGCUUGAGAUGACCAUAACUUAAAAUACACAUUUGUUCAUAAAUUACACUCUACUUUCAUGUAGUUUACAUUUUCAAUUAUGCUUUGGAUUAGAAUCUUGAAUCAAUUUCAUUACUCUUGUUAUUAUUAUUUUAUUGUUAUCAAUCUAUGUCAUUUUUCACAUACUGGUUGUUCAAACAUAGAAAUAAAUCAACCUGGUGGACAGUUUGACAUAAAAAUUCAUUAUAUAAAUUUGGACUCAACAAUAAGUAGUGGAGUUCAUUGUGAUUGGCAAUUACAUCGUUGUGAUGUUUACUUGGUUGUGGAAUUAUAUGAGCUAACUGAUGAUGAUGCUGAUGAUAAUAGUAAUAAUAAUAAUAAUAAAUUACGACUGUUAUUUCGUACAAAAACAGAAACUGUUGUGAACACCGCAAAAUUCCAAAUGAAAAUUUCUGAAAAAAUAAAUGGAAGAUUACCUGAAAAAUAUCGUUUACAAAUUUAUGCCUACGAUGAAGAUGCUUUGGGUGAACAUGAUCUUAUUAUCAAGGCAAUUGGACUGUUUCGGCUGAAUAAAACCAGUUUAUUUCAAGAAAUCCCAUUAAAUUAUAGCCAUGAAAGUGAUUCUUUCAGACUUAGCUCGUCGGUAAAACUAACAUGUAAUUCAAAUUUUUACGGGAACAGAUGUGACCUAUUUUGUUCACCUCAUCCAUGGGCAUACGAGUGUGAUGCGAAUGGACGAAAAAUUUGUUUACAUGGUAGACAAGGUGUUAAUUGUGACAUUAUUGACUAUUGUCAAAUACAUCCUUGUCCUAAGAAUACACGUUGUAAAAAUCUACCAAGAGAACAUCGUCGAAAAUGUAUUUGUAAAAAUUAUGAAGGUAAAUGUUCAUCAUGA